UUUAGCGGGAUCAGUUUGAAGCCACAUGCAGGGUAGGGAACCAAUGACGUACAUCCAAAUGUCAUGCUAGCGGUCCCACUCGCACAGACCACCAGCCGUAUUUGUGCCUGUGUGGCUCAUGGCUCUGGCUGAUGCAUUUUACUUCUCCACCACACUUCGUUUUUAGUGCUUCUUAAACGCGACAUCAACUAGACGCAUCAACGCAUCGACGCAUCUCAUCUUCCAUCAACCCACAGCCUCCCCCCUUAGCACCAUCCAGCUCCAACGCGAGAGGAGAGGGGUCAUUUGACGCAUAGUAACAUCCACUACGAAGUAGCAUCUCCCGCACGAUCCGCCCCGUACAUCUCCAAGCCAUACUCGCACACAUACCUACCGAGACAGAAGUCGCCUUCCUUUGUGAUCCCGGAACCCGAUACUAUCGAGUCGGCUUGAAGUCCAACGAGCGAGAGAUAUUAUAUACGAUGGCGUCUGCAUCCUUUAGGGAAUCCAUGAACUCCUUAGGAUGGUCGCGUGACCCAGACCGAGAAUUUACAGCGAAUACGUCACAGCGGUCCGGACUACUAUCAUCGAUAAAGUCGUUGAAUCCCUUUGGAGACCGCGGAUAUGUACAACUACCCACUACAGAGGGUGCUGGCGCUCCAUUACCGGCUAGCAACCGUCGCGAAGAGGAGGAAGGAUGGUUUGUCCUGAGCCGGUGGGACCGGAUAUUAAUAUUCGGUGCCUGUAACCUGGCUGCUUUCAUCUGCUUUCUGCUCUGCUUCGUUCUGUGGCCGGUCUUCGUGACCAAGCCUAGCAAAUUCGUCAUCUUAUGGACCUUUGGCUCCAUAUUAUUUCUCUGUUCCUUCGCAGCUAUGAUGGGCCCUAUAGCGUACCUUCAACAUCUAUCAUCCGGAACGCGUUUGCCCUUCACGGCAGCCUACUUCGGAUCCAUUGCACUGACUAUCUACUUCUCUAUGGGUCUCCACAACGGUCUUCUUACUCUAAUAGCUGCGGUCAUCCAGAUUGUAUGUCUUCUCUGGUACCUUGUCAGUUACUUUCCGAUGGGCUCAAGUGGUCUUCGACUAGCUACCAGCUUUGGGGCACGGAGGGCGGCUACAUGGAUGACUGGCUAGAUCCCAUUUUGUGUAUAUUAUUGUGUUUCGCUUGUUUUGCGGUUAAGAGUCUAUUGGUCUCACUUACGGGCUACGACAAUUGGAAUUCAUUUGCCAGCAUAAAAAAGAAUUACAAGGUCAAUAGGAGCGAAGGUAAAGCGUUAGCAUUGCCUAUAUCUCCCCGUGUUGAUUUGCUCUUUGAAGUCUUGAGCUCUAUAUUCAUAAGUGGUUAAUUGUUGAUACAUACGUACAAGACAAUGAAUUAUUCUACUAAAGUAUAAAUAGGGCCUAACUAUAGGAAAACAUAUAGUUCACUAACUUGCUAAAUCGUAAUUAACAAAUCCGCCUAGAACGGUCGAUAAAGCUUCAUCUAGAGCUCGACCCAAUAUAAACAGGCCGCAUUGUAUUACUUACCUAAGGU